UUAUUGGCCCAGUGCACCACAAUGCGUAACGCCGUCCUCACUUCCCUGGCUUCAGCCACAGCUCUCUUUGCUGGAGCUGAAGCUGUAGCUGUCAACCCACUCCCCAAACCUGCCAAAAUUACGUGGGGCACCUCGGGUUCCUUCGCAGUCCCAUCGUUGACUCUCGAAGGCGCCGACAACGAGCUUGUCAAACAAGGUUUCGAUCGCGCCUGGAAAACCAUCGAGGAAAUCAAAUGGACCCCCGCUGCCGUUGAGGCUCCUGUUCGAAGCUUCGAUCCUUUCCCCAACACUACUACCACCACCCCUUCUAGGAGAAAGCUGAGGCGGCAAGCUCUUCCGGUGGGCAAUUCCACUGGAACUCUUACUACAGUCAAGGUCGAUAUCAAGGAUACCGCAGCUCCUCUCCAGCACGGUGUCGAUGAGUCUUACACUCUCAAAAUCGAAGCUGGUUCCGACACCAUCGACAUCACCGCCGCCACCGCCUAUGGUGCUCUCCAUGCUUUCACCACCCUCCAGCAGAUCAUCAUCUGUGAUGGUACCAACAGAAUCAUUGAGCAACCCGUCGACAUUGAUGACAAACCUCUCUACCCUGUCCGCGGUAUCAUGAUCGAUUCGGGUCGGAACUACCUGUCCAAGGAGAAGAUCAAGGAGCAGAUUGAUGGUAUGGCGAUGUCCAAGCUGAACACCCUUCACUGGCACAUGAUUGAUGCGCAGUCGUGGGCGAUCGAGUUGGAUGUGUUCCCGGAAAUGGCGGAGGAUGCUUACUCCGACGACGAGGUUUACAACAAGGAGAUUCUCGGGGACAUCAUCGACUAUGCCGCUGCCCGUGGUGUGCGUAUUAUCCCCGAAAUCGACAUGCCUGGCCACGCAAAUCUGGGUUGGAGACAAGUGGACAAGGACAUCUUGGCCUGCGCUGAUAGUUGGUGGUCCAACGAUGUGUGGGCCACGCACACGGCUGUCGAGCCCAACCCUGGUCAACUCGACAUCCUCAACAACAAGACUUACGAAAUCACCGGCAAAGUGUACAAGGAGAUCGCCAACAUCUUCCCUGAUAACUUUUUCCACAUUGGUGGCGACGAAUUGCACGUCAACUGCUACAAGUUCUCCAAACUGGCCCAGGAAUUCUUCGCCGAGGGCAAGUCUAUGGGAGAUCUCUACCAGGUCUGGGUAGACCGCGCGCUUCCGCACUUCUCCGAGCAAGCCAACAAGACAUUCGUCAUGUGGGAUGAUGUUCUCCUUUCGGCCGACGCCGCUGCUACAGGCACCGUUCCCAAGGACGUCGUUCUGCAAGCUUGGAACAACGGCAUUCAAAACAUCCAGAACAUUACCGCAAAGGGUUACCGGGUUAUUGUUUCUUCAUCCGACUUCAUGUACCUCGACUGCGGCUACGGCGGUUGGGUUGGCAACGAUCAGCGCUAUGAUGUGCUUGAGAACCCCAAUGCCACUGAUCUGACUCCCAACUUCAACUGGGGCGGCAACGGUGGAUCCUGGUGCGGCCCUUACAAGACAUGGCAGCGCAUCUACGACUACGACUUCACCCACGGAUUGUCGGAUGAGCAAAAGAAGCUCGUCCAGGGCGCCAUUGCCCCGCUGUGGUCCGAGCAGGUCGACGACGCCGUCCUCAGCGGCAAGCUGUGGCCGCGUGCCGCUGCUCUCGCCGAACUCGUGUGGAGUGGAAACCGCGAUGAGAACGGCAACAAGCGCACCACGGAGCUCACACAGCGUAUCCUCAACUUCAGGGAGUACCUCCUCAAGAUUGGUGUCAACGCCGCACCGCUCAUGCCCAAGUUCUGCUUGUCUCACCCGCACGAGUGCGAUUUGAACCUCAACCAGACCAUUCUUUGGGGAACGCAGUCUUCCAUUUAA